AUGGAAAAUGGUUCGCAGCGGAAAUGGCAGUUUGAAGGGAACGAAGAGCUGAACAAGAAAGAGAUAAAAAUUUGGGAGGGCCAGGGCCACUCCAGGUCUAGGAGUGGCUCUGCCACUGCAGAUGACGGUGAUCAUCAUCCGCAGCGGCCCACCAUUAUGCUGGGCUGCGGUGACCCUACUGAGUUCCGGUCAUUCUGGACUACUCAGUCGGCUGUUGACGCCGUCACAGAUGACCUCCAGUCCUUCAAGUUCAACUCUUAUUGUCUGACGGGCAGUGUCCUUGAGGCAAGAAGGUAUGCAUGCGCUAUUGCAGAGUAUCUCUCCCGUGACCUCUCGCACAAGUUACUUGCGGAGGAUGUAUAUCUCACUGGUGGAUGCACUCAAGCAAUUGAAAUCAUGGUAUCUGUUCUUGCACGAUCUGGUUCCAACAUUCUGCUUCCAAGGCUUGGUUACCCUCAGUAUGAAGCUCGGGCGUCUUUCGACCACCUUGAAGUACGCCAUUACGAUCUUCUUCCUGAAAAGGGUUGGGAGGUGGAUCUUGAUGCUGUCGAAGCUCUUGUAGAUCACAACACUGCUGCUAUAGUUAUCAUUAAUCCUAGCAAUCCUUGUGGAAAUGUUUUCACCUACCAGCAUUUGGAAAAGAUUUACAGUCUGACAAUAAAUCAUUACUGA